AUGGAAGGCGCACCCAUCCACUACGGAGGCAGCACAGCCACUCAUCGGAAAAGGCAGACGCACACUAUGGAAGGCAGCACCCAUCGCCCACAAGGCAGCACACCACCCACUGCAGAAGGCAGCACACCAUCCACUGCAGAAGGCAGCACACCACCCACUGCAGAAGGCAGCACACCACCCACUGCAGAAGGCAGCACACCACCCACUGCAGAAGGCAGCACACCACCCACUACGGAAGGCAGCACACCACCCACUACGGAAGGCAGCACACCACCCACUACGGAAGGCAGCACACCACCCACUGCGGAAGGCAGCACACCACCCACUGCGGAAGGCAGCACACCACCCACUAUGGAAGGCAGCACACCACCCACUGCAGAAGGCAGCACACCACCCACUACGGAAGGCAGCACACCACCCACUAUGGAAGGCAGCACACCAUCCACUACGGAAGGCAGCACACCACCCACUACGGAAGGCAGCACACCACCCACUAUGGAAGGCAGCACACCAUCCACUACGGAAGGCAGCACACCACUCACUACGGAAGGCAGCACACCACCCACUAUGGAAGGCAGCACACCAUCCACUACGGAAGGCAGCACACCAUCCACUGCAGGUGACCACACUCCCCAUGCUGCCCACCUGUCUCCACUGUAG